CGCUAAUAAAAAACCCCUUGGUCACAACUCAGAACGGCGUAACCUCGCUUUCAGCGGAACUGUACCAAUUCCAUAACCAGAAGAGAAGAAAUGAGCAGACUGAAUGGAAACCUACUACUACGCAGUUUUCUGAGAAGAAGAAGAACAUUUUGCACAGCGGAGAAUAUUGACACUAAUCUUCAGAGUUCUAAAGUCCAAAUCUUCGAUCGCCACCUCAAACGCAAACAACGUGAUCGAGCUGCAUGGCUGAUAAACAGGAAAGAUUCUCUUGUCAAUACUGUGGCUGAUAAUCUUCUGGAUCGGUUGGAGGAUGUGAAGAAGACAUUUCCUACAACAUUAUGUUUGGGAGGUUCUUUGGAAGCAAUUAGGCGUUCUGUACAUGGACGUGGUGGCAUAGAGAAGCUAAUUAUGAUGGAUUCAUCACAUGACAUGGUGAAAUUAUGUAAAGAUUCAGAAAAAGAUUUGUCUAGUGAUAACAUUGAAACUUCAUUUUUGGUAGGCGAUGAAGAAUUUUUACCUAUACAAGCAAGCUCUGUUGAUUUAGUGAUAAGUUGUUUGGGCCUCCACUGGACAAACGAUCUUCCUGGUGCAAUGAUACAGAGUAGGUUGGCAUUGAAACCUGAUGGCUUGUUUUUAGCAGCUAUUUUUGGUGGAGAAACACUAAAAGAGCUGAGAAUCGCAUGCACUAUAGCACACAUGGAGCGUGAAGGUGGUGUGAGUCCAAGAAUAUCACCAUUAGCACAAGUACGAGAUGCAGGCAAUCUGUUGACUAGAGCAGGAUUCACUCUUCCAGGAGUUGAUGUUGAUGAAUACCAGGUUAGAUAUAAUAGUGCACUGGAGCUAAUAGAACAUUUGCGCGCAAUGGGUGAAACUAAUGCUCUUGUAAAUAGAAUCAAAUUGUUGAAGAGGGAGACAGCUGUGGCCACAGCAGCUGUUUAUGAGUCCAUGUUUGCAGCAGAAGAUGGAACUAUCCCUGCAACUUUCCAGGUGAUAUACAUGACUGGGUGGAAGGAACAUGAGUCUCAGCAGAAGGCCAAGCGCAGGGGAUCUGCUACUGUAUCUUUCAAGGACAUACAGAAGGAAUUUGGACAUACAAAUAACUAAAACUUAUUUGUAGAUUAAAUAUAUAUAUAUUUUUUUAUUGGGGGGAAGAAAUGCAGUUUGAAAAAAUGAUGCAACAAGUUAUCUGCUUAAAUUCCCUAUUUUGUUCAAGAUAAAAGUGGUCUUCAAAUAGUGGCUAUUGCUUGCUACUGAGAACCUUGACAUGUUUAAAACUAUAAAUAUAGUAAAACCUUUGUAUU